AUGGAGGAAAGAAAGAGAAAGCGAAACUUGUAUGUAACGCCUACACAAAAGAAAAAAUUAAUUGAACUUCUAUCAAAACACCCAAUGUUAUUAUCUGGUAAAAGAACACAGAACUUUACUAACAUGGAUGCUCAACGGGUAUGGCAAAGCAUAGCAAAAGAAUGUAAUUCCAUACCUGGAUCUAAAAAACAUUGGCGUCAAUGGAAAAAAUCAUGGCAGGAUAUGAGAUCAAAAUAUUUUAAAAGAAAUUCUGUAAAAGUUAAUGAUGGACCAUCUAUAAAAACUUUAAUUACUAAACUAGAAGAGGAAUGCCUUUCAACUUCUAAGAAUGAUGAGGAUUUUACAGAAACAACAGAGUUUGUGAUGUUAGAUGAAAGUCAAGAGAUAUAUCAUGAUGAGAAUCUCUCCCAUGAAUCUAUCAGUGAACCGGCAUCACCACAAGAAGAAAAAGUUUUUGCAAUAGAAUCACAACCCACAGAAACAAAAUCUAACCAUAAGAGUAAAUAUAAAAAUAAUGAUCAUGAUUGUGAACCUACAGGUUGUAAUAUAAAUUGUGACAUAUUGUUAUCAAAUGAAAAAAGAAAAAUAAAAUUAAAAGAAGACUUUAUUAAUUUUAAAAAAGAUUAUUUUAGACAAAAAUUAAAGCUGUUAAAAGAACAAACAGAAGCCUUAAAAAGUAUUGCUAAGGAAAUAUGUAAUAAAUGA